ACUAUGCAGCACAGUCACACUAGCUCUGCAUUGUAAAUUACGAAUCGCAAAAACAUAUUUUUGUCUGUGAUCAAAUUAGCCUAGUUAAAACAGAACCCAGCUAGUACAAAGAUGAGCAGCCAGCGCGGCAAUGUGAGUCGCACACGUGCACAGAAACACAAAAAUCGGUUCGUCUUCAAGAACGAUCUGCAUGACAAGACGCCGCAGCAGAUCCGUCUAAAUGCCAUGCACGUGUCCACCGUGUGCCAGCGGUGCAAGGAACAGAUCGAGUGGAAGAUCAAAUACAAGAAGUACAAGCCGCUGACCCAGGCCAAGACCUGUGCCCACUGCCACCAGCGGACUGUGCGCAAGGCGUACCAUGUCAUCUGCAAGGAGUGCGCCGUCAAGGCCAAGUGUUGCGCCAAGUGCCUCAAGUCCGCCGACGAGGUGUCCAUCGAAGCACCUGGACCAACGCCCCGCGAGGAGCAACAGCUGCAGGUUGAGAUGGAUCGCCUGAUCAAGUCCUUUUCGGAACGCAAGCGCCGUGCCUUCCUGCGCUACAUGCAGAAGGGCAAGAAGCAGGCGCCCGCCGAGCAGGACGAACAGGAACUGGAGGCUGAGGAGAAGGCCAAGCGGGUGGCACACACGCGUGACGAGCUGCUAGACAAGAUCAAGCAACUGAAUCUGGCCGAGGAGGACGAUGAGGACUUUGACGACGACGAUGAGGAUGAGGACUCGGAGUUCGAUUCCGAGGCAGAAGAGGAGGAGGAAGAUGAGAGCGACGAAGAGGAGGAGAAGACACAGAAGAAACCCACCAAGGCGAAAUAAACAUUUAAUACAGCACCUUGUCUCUACCUCUCUGUGGUGAAUGUGAUAAGGCCAAGGAGCUGGCUGUGAGCUUGUUUUAGAGGAGGAGGAGCAGGUGGAGAGCAAAGAGUACACUCCAGUUGUGUAUUAAGGAAAAUAUGGAGCUCCUAAACACUGAAUACAACGAGGAACCCAA